AUGCCGAAUGAAAUUCAAUUUCCGCUGCGAACAAAAGAACAUGCACAGACAAGGCUGGAGACGGAAGACUUUCCUAGGCAGCACUUGACGCUCGAUCGAGAAACUCCAAACAUUCGACUAGCUAGGCCAACGGAUGCCUCUGAUUUGGAACAACUUGCCCAGUCCGUCUCCUUGAAGAAUCUCAAUAAGUCCAAUCAUGUGAAAGAUGGAUUUUUAGUAUCUGGCUUUGAAGCCAAGGAAUAUUCCAAAUUCAGUCGAGACGCUGAGCAUUUCCUUGUUCUACAUGUACGAGGGGAACUGGUUGGUUUUCUGCUGGCAUACGGGUCUGAAAAGAUCACACAAGGAGAAGAGCUGAACAUGCACAUCAAGACGACAAUGUGUGACAAGUUUGUUCUCAUCAAACAAAUAUGUAUAUCCCCACAUCACAAACAUCGAAGGAAAGGCUACGCAUCCAUUCUUUACAAGGAACUUUACGCUCGAACUACCCAUUAUUACGAACACGAAGGAGGAUUAACGCGUGCCAUUUACGCCGCCAUUGUCAAGGAGCCUGCCAAUCCUGCCUCUUUGGAAUUUCACACCAAGAUGGGAUUUAUCAUGCGAGAAAUGUUUACUCCCCAAGCGGAUGGGCGGCCUCGACACAUCUACGAAAACAAGCAGCCAUUGACCUCUCUGGAUCAACUGACUACUAUGGAAACCAAAUCCGAGAACGACCCCAUUUACGAUUACAGGGCCAUGAUGGAUCCCCAUUGUGUGGGGAUAGGCAUCACCAUUUAUUCGAUUGGGCCACCCGAUAUUACUGGAAACUUUCAUUGCAACGUGCGAACAAUAAUGAAAUGGAGGCAACCAGGUAUCGAACUGGUGUAUCCAAGAAAGCUGGAUGAUCCAUCGGCUCGUACCAACAUUGAUAUGGUGGCACACAAUCAGUCGGAUCGAAAUAUAGUCAGGCUACCACGCUAUGACCUCAACAAAGACGAAGUUGAUUUGCACCAGAGCUAUGCGUAUAUUGAUAGGAAGGAUCCGCCCGAUGUCAUUACAUGGCAACAAGUUUUGAGGGGAACCUUUCUUUCGGGUCUGAGGAACGUGAAUGAGUUUCCAGCAGACGUGCAGGAGCUUGACCUAGUGUAUAGAAUGUGGGACAACGAUCCAGAUGAUCGAUGCCGGUAUUUCCGGCAGCUUCAUUAUGCUGACAACACUGCUUGGCAAUUGUGCAUCAAGCGGCCAAUCAAGGCAGUAGCUUUUACGUUCCUGGCGCCUACCGCCAAAAUUGAAGUCUUUGAGACAAGUAAAACCAGUCGAUAUGUCCUUGUCGUACCAGUCGCCCGGCAAACCAAAUACUACUUGCGAACUGUGGCUCUCCCGAUCAUAAUGAUCACUUCCUUGAAUAUUGCCACCAAUGGCUUUGGAGAAUUUGAAGAUCAAGCUGGUCUGAAUGCUAGUCUAUUGCUGACUACCGUCGCCUACUUGUUCAUUACGAAAGAUGUGACACCGGAAACCUCACAAGUGACACAUUUGGAUAUUAUCACCUACACGGCGCUCUUUGUCAGCUGGGCAUCGAUUCUCAUUCGAUAUCUUUCCUUGGCUGUAGUGUGGAAUGAGACUUUUUGGGUUUCGGAAAAGACAAUAUCGUUUGGUCUUUGUGCCUUUGCCGUUGGUAUUCAAAGUUCCCUCUCUUUGUACCUAUACAUCAAACACAUACGGUUGAUCCAACGGUCGGAAAUGCUUGGAGAAUGGGAGCCAUUGAAGCAGUAG